UGUUAAUUGCCGUCUACUGUGUUUUUGUUACUUGACCCACUUCCCCUGCUGAUGUAAUUACAACCAAAAUCCCAAACUCAUACCAAGCCAUAGGGUUUUACCAAGUCCUCUGUUAAAGUCGUUAAAGCAGAGUGCUGUCUGUAUUUCUGUUUCAGGAUUCCAGCUUUUUCAACAUCAUAUCGAAUGCUUCGUGAAGUUUUUGUCGUUGAGGUUUUGAUUUAUUUAUGGAACAUUAAGGAGUUUAGUAUUCGUUUGUCAGUGUGUGUUGUCAGCUGAGUUGAUUGUGUAGGAAUAAAUACACAAAUGCUUAUAAGUGUGGAGUCAUUCGUCAUGUCUUUGUUAACACUUAGUUGUUUUUUUUUUUAAAUUCGCUAAAAACCUGUAUAAAGUAGAGCGGAAUUCUAUAAAGCGGUCAGCAAAUGGUAUUUUACAUGUUAAAAGCAUCUCAAAUCGUUUGUGUUAAAGAUGUUGCUCGAUAAUUAUUGAUGUACCGAAUUAGUCAGGUUUAUUCAUGCACUCUGUCUGAUUCAGGACCUGCUUGUUUUGUGUCCUUGCUCAUUUUCGGGAACACUACCAAGCACACACUGCAUAUUUCUACAAGCUAAACAAGACAACAAAUAAAAGCAGGUUGUUAUGAAGUCCGGCUAGAACAGAUCGUGCUCGGUUUAAAAGAACUUUUUUUUUUUUUUUUAAAAGAGAAGUAGCAACUACGACAAGUAUCAGCGAGGAAGCAAGUUAAGCGCUGUAGCGUUUUAAACGACGCACAUCCGGAAUGAUACGUCUUGUUGUCUACACGUGUUAACCCGUACCACUCUGAACGACAGAGUAUUGUUAUUUGAACAAGUGAGUGUUGUUUCAAUAUGAAUGGCUGCCCCAGAAUGCACUGGUGCGCAUGAAAAGUCCUCAUCAGGGACACACUGUAUUCAGCAGCUCCGUUUAAUGAUCGGCCUUGUCCUAUAUAAAACAAACAGGAACAACAAAAGGAAGUGACAAUAAAUCAGUCCUUUAGGCAGAAGUGGGCAGUAACGUGGUAGACAUCCCUAAAGAUCUACUUCUCACAUAUACAUGUAACAAGUGUGAGAGCGUGGAAUGGUGUGUGAUCGUGCGUUCGGGUAUCAUAACUCUGAUAUUUCUACAGUUUUCACAGAUACCUUACAAGCUACAGUAGUUCACUUGGUCAGUAGGAAAACAAAUGCAUUGAGAAGUGUGAUAAAAGUCACAGCAAAUCAUUUGAAUCGUCACAACCUGAUGUGUCGAAGACGGGACGCGCCGUGUUACGAUACAUGUUAUAGUAUUGUAUUAUUAUUUAGAAUGAACAGUAACACUUCUGUUACGCUUUUUCAUUGUUUCCCCCAGCACUUGCGCAGUCUGGCGCAGAGAAGACGAUCCGCACCAAGCGUGGUGUUUGGGAAGGCUCUGGGAAUGUCUUGGCCCUCCAUCAGGGAGGAGUGUGUGCCUGCGAUCGUGAUCGACCAGUGUCCGUUUGUGCUCGGUCUGAGCAGUGAGGACUCGGAGCUCAUCCUGGAUGACACAGUGCAGCUCACCGAGGGACAGAAGACGAGCGAGAGACAUGUAUUCCUCUUCAGUGAUGUGUUGGUCAUCGCUAAGCUCAAAUCCAGAGGCAGCUACAGACUAAAACACAGGGUAAACCUGGAGCAGCUUUGGGUCUGUGACUUUAAAAGUGAGGACGAUGAAGGAUGUGAGGAUGAAGACGGACAUGUCCACCUGAAGAAGACAAUCGUUCUGGCCUGGUCUGUCUCUCUCUGUCUGCUGACGUUCAGUUCGCCUGAAGUUAAAGAACGCUGGUUAGAUACUGUUCACAGGAAAAUUACAGAGGCUAGGAAGAGGACCGCUACGAUUUCACCACCUCCAAGUGUCCUCAUGAAGGUCUUGAGCAGCACCACCACAAAUAAAGUUCUGAGUGGAGGAGGAAUGGAGGACAGUGUCAUCGACCUGCAAGUUAAUGCUCUCCAUGGCAACGGCUCCUCCCUGCAGUGCAAGACGGAGCUGGCAAUUGCAGAACAUGAUGGUGGUAAGAGGAGCCUGUUCUCCAAGCUUAAGAGAAGAGACACGCACACAGGCAUGCCCACACGGCCAGGACACAAGACGAGCCUGCUGUUUGGUCAGCCUCUCCCUGGAGACUCUAAAAUCCCCAAACCCAUUGCUGAUCUUCUUGUGCUGUUGUGGAGGAAAGGUCCCGAUACAGAGGGAGUUUUCCGAACAGCGUGUAACAGCAAGAACCUGAGUGCUGUCCGUGAUCAACUCAACUCUGGGGUUGCGGUGGACUUGGAAGCACUUCCUGUGACUCUGCUGGUCGGAUUGUUAAAGACUUUCCUGAGGGAGCUUCCAGGAAGUCUGCUGGUGGCCGAGCACUAUGCUGAGUGGAUAGAAGCACUGGAGAAAGAGAAGAAAGAGGAGAUACCUGCCGAAUUGAGAAGGAUUGUUUCCAAACUCCCCGAAGCCAACAGGAUCCUGCUGCAGUACCUGCUCUGUUUGCUGCGCCACAUUAUCCAGCGAUCAGAGAAGAACAAAAUGGAUCCCAAAAACUUGGCUAUCUGCAUUGCACCAACUCUGCUACAGCUCAGCAGCCAGCCGCUGGACGUGAGCACGGUCGAAAAGGUGACAAGCUUAACCCAGUUCCUGAUUGAAAAUUGUUGUGAAAUCUUUGGAGAAAGGAUCCUGAGUCUGCUUGGAGACCCAGAAGAAGAGCUAGGACAUAACUCAGAUACGAUGUCUUCACACCAGCACGACUCCGCAUAUGACAGCACCGAUGGAGAGAGCGGAGAGGCGACAGGACAGACACAGCAAGCAUGUCCUCACAUCCAAAUCCAAUGUUCAGUCAAUCAUUCCCACUCCUCAGAAGAAAUUUUCGAGCCUUUCACCAAGCCCUUCGACCGGCGCAGCUCCGAGCCUGCCAUCUUUUCUUCGGUCGGGGUGAAGGACCUUCGAUUUCUGGCACGGAGUCACGAUGACUGUUCUUCUGCUAAAGAGUAUGAAGAACAGCCUCUGAUGAAGCAAAAUUCCGACGACUCGUUCCUACAAGCACAGAGGAGACCGUUGCAACCUUUACUGAGAAAAACGACUGGCAGUCUAAACCUUGAAGUACCGGUCAUCUCCAAAAACUUCUCCUGCUCCUCAUCUUGUUCUCUGGAAAGCACUAACUCGAACAUCUCUGAGAAUUCAGUGUUUGCCAACUCUCCUUUGCCCUCUCCAUCCAGCCCUCGGAAAAUACAACCCGAGAGACACAUGUCUCUUAACGUAAAAAGCAAAAUGGACACGAAUUCAAGGCGUCCGUUUCCAUUUAAGCGAGCCAAAAGCCUAGGAAGUUUCUCCAUUAACAAGGCAAGCGUCAAGAAAACAGAGGCACAAAAAGAGGGCACUUUUCCAUGCGGAACGUUGCAGGAGGACUCUCAGAAUGAGGCAGAAGUUCUGGAUGAGCCGGUGAGGCGCCAAAGGCCACUCUCUGCCAUAGAGGUCUUUGAGCACGUGGACAGACGUGACCCUGGCAGUCCACCGUCGUACCAACAGGCUGUGAAUUCUGGAGUCCUUCAGCCACCUCCUGAAUACCGUACCAUGACUGUCCAUGAUGCAAGAGGGCUGGGCCAAAGAUCUCGUCCUAUCUCUAUGAAUGAUUACAUCUUGGACUCUUCUCCCGUUUGCCAAAUUUUGGACAAGUUGAACUUUUCCAACGACGGUUUAGGUGCACCUCAGCAGAGCUCAUUUAGGCAAAGAGCCAUGUCUGAGUCGAUAGGCUGCACCAGGAUCGAAAAACUCCAUCGUCGGUGCAGUCAGCCUGUGUUCGAGGAACUCUCGUACGGAAAGGAGUCAUAUGUGUAAAUUAGUACUUAGCUUUUUGUUGUUUUCACAAUGCACUUGUUAGGCCAAGACAUUCCCUGUAAGGCAGUGUCAGUUUUUUUUUUUUCUGUUUCUAAAAGCUACUUAAUAUGCUAAUAUAAAAUAUAAUAUCACCAGUCUGAAGCUACGUUUAUGUAAAUAGAACAAUCUGUAAAUAGAGCAACCUAUUAAAGGAAUGGUUAGGCCAAAUCAAUUAUUUACUUUUGCACUGGAGCUCCAUGGCUAAUAAUGCUAACAAGUAAGAGAAGUCUAUCUCACCAGAAAUAAAUAGCUGCCUCAAAUCACAUCAGUGGCUUCAGUAAUGUCAUGUUGACUCACCCAUGUAGUUUUGGACAAUCUAUAAUGUAUAAACAUGAACAGAAUCAAUCUCACUGUGUAGCUGAACACUGCAACGGUAUGGGGCAGCCAUCUUGAAAGGCAAAUCACUUAUUUCCUUAACUUCAUUUUCUGUUCGCUAGACCCCACCUCCAAAAGUCUGAAAGUGAAAUUAUACCAGAAACUGGAAUUUUUGCAGAUGUUUGUUUUACAAAACCAUUUAUUAUUAAAAAAAAAAAAAAGUAUAUUAUCAUUUUUGGAAAAAUAUAUAUAUAUAUAAAUAGAUUUGUGGCUCAGGUUCAAAACUAAAGAAGCACACGUUAAUACCAUUCAUGUCCUUGCUGAUUGACUACAUUUGCACAAAGUUGUGUAUAUUUUUGUUUUAACCAUAUUAUAGAGUUCAUUCUUAGCUUUCCCCAUCUGCCUCUGGCACUUUCGUGAUGACACUUGUACAUAUAUAUAUAUAUAGAUAUGUGUGUUUGUGUAUGUAUGUAUUUUAUAUGUUAAUAUUCCACUUUUCUUCACUACAAUAAACUUCGUCUUCUAUGAA